AUGGUCAGCUCCUGUUGUGGCUCUGUCUGCUCUGAGGAGGGCUGUGGCCAAGGCUGCUGCCAGCCCAGCUGCUGCCAGACCACCUGCUGCAGGCCCACCUGCUGUGUGUCCAGCUGCUGCCGCCCAUGCUGUAGCAGUUCCAGCUGUUGUGGGUCCAGCUGUUGCCGCCCCAGCUGCUGCAUUUCCAGCUGCUGCAGGCCUUCCUGCUGCCGCCCCAGCUGCUGUGUGUCCAGCUGCUGCAGACCCUCUUGCUGCACCUCCAGCUGUUGCCGCCCAUGCUGUAGUAGUUCCAGCUGUUGUGGAUCCAGCUGCUGCUGCCCCAGCUGCUGCAUUUCCAGCUGCUGCAGGCCUUCCUGCUGCCGCCCUAGCUGCUGCGUGUCCAGCUGCUGCAGACCUCAGUGCUGCAUUUCCAGUUGCUGUCGCCCCACCUGCUGCCAGACCACCUGCUGCCGCCCAGCAUGCUCUAGUGGUUCUUGCUGCUGA